UUCGGCUGUGACGUUGUUGUUGUUGGUGUCUCUCUCUUUUGCUUUGCUUGCUCUCUUUUAUAUAAGAUCUCACUGCCCUUUUUAUUUCUCUCUUUAUCUCUCAAGAAAGAGAGACAAAACAAAACACAACCCGAAGACCUUAAACAGAGAAAGGGAACAUGAAAACGAGAAGAGGGCUUUGUUAUCCAAGAACGGACGCUCUUGAUUUAGAUAAAAGAUUAGUGAAGAGAAGAAAAUUAGGAGAGAUCAUCGCCGCAGCAACCGCAACCGGUGAACAAAUGGUUUGCCGGAAAAGACAGAGAUUAUCGCCGGAGAAGAUUGCUGGAGAUAAAACUGACUUUUUUUAUGCUUUACCCGAUGAUCUUGUUACCUGUAUUCUUUGCAAGCUUAGCUCCUCUGCUUCUUGUCCUUCUGAUUUUGUCAACGUGUUAGCAACGUGCAAGAGAUUAAAUGGAUUAGGUCUCAAUUCUAUAGUACUAUCUAAAGCUUCGCCAAAAACAUUCGCUUUAAAAGCCAAGAACUGGUCCGAUUCCGCCCACCGAUUCUUGAAACUCUGUGCCGAUGCCGGAAAUGUUGAAGCUUGUUAUACUCUUGGCAUGAUUCGAUUCUACUGUUUACAAAACCGAGGGAGCGGAGCUUCCUUAAUGGCAAAAGCGGCGAUUAGUUCACACGCUCCGGCGCUUUAUUCUCUUGCGGUUAUACAGUUCAAUGGCAGCGGCGGCUCGAAAAAUGAUAAGGAUUUACGAGCCGGCGUGGCUCUAUGCGCGCGAGCUGCGUUUUUAGGUCAUAUCGACGCACUCCGUGAGCUUGGUCACUGCCUUCAAGACGGUUACGGCGUCCGACAAAACAUCGCCGAGGGUCGACGAUUCCUGGUGCAAGCAAACGCUCGUGAGUUAGCUGCUGUGUUAUCUAACCCUAAUUCGGAUUUAAACACGCGCGCGUGGGUAAAUUGGAAUCCACACGCGCACUCUAACCACAGGCAUGCGAGUGGUCCUGGUUGUCCAUUGUUAAGUGAUUUCGGGUGUAAUGUUCCGGCUCCUGAGGCACACCCAGCUAGCCGGUUCAUGGCCGAUUGGUUUGCUACUCGAGGCGGGUCACCGGGUCAGGGGCUCCGAUUAUGUUCUCACGUGGGUUGUGGUCGACCGGAAACCAGAAAACACGAAUUCAGAAGAUGUUCUGUUUGCGGAGCAGUCAAUUAUUGCUCACGCGCUUGUCAAGCGCUCGAUUGGAAAUUAAGGCAUAAGGAAGAGUGUGCUCCUGUCGAACGGUGGGUAGUGGAGGAUGGUGAGGGUGGAGAGGCAGGUGUUGGUGAUGGGAACCAAAACGUUGUCGUUGAUAGCUAGUAGAAAUAGUAACAACGGUAACGGCAGAUGGAAGGUUUCAACGGAUAUAAGACGGAGAAAGAGGAUACUGAGAGACCGUUUUGGGGUUGAAAAAGCAUAUUUUAAGUUAAAAAAACUUUUCACCAUGGUCUGUUUGCAUAGCACAGAAGUUUUGUUCCUCUUGUCUGUAUAGAAGAGGGUAUAUCGAAGAAAUCGAGGUUACCUUUUUUUUCUGGGUUAACUUUAUUUUUUUUGUACUUUAAAUUAAAUCGUAGGGGAUAGGGAGGGGCCUUUCUUUUUAGGGUAUGUAUCCUUUAACCGGCUCCAUUAGGGUGUUACUGCGAAUGGCAGACCGGCAAGGGUAACUUUUGCUUUAUUUUCUUCAGUUUCCUUUUUUUUCUUUUCAUUCCUCCUCACCUUUCUGUACUAUAGAGUCAACUUAAUCUCAGUCAGAGGGAAAAAGAAUGCAAAUUCCAGCAAUUUUCCUUUCUCA